UUUGCAUGCAGUGUUUAGUAGCUGCAGCUCCGUCAGGCUGCAGAGCGAGUCUCUCUCUGAGUCUCUGUGAGGGAAAGCGAGGGAAGACAGAGGAGAAGAGGAGGAGGAGGAGGGGGCUCUAGUGUUUCACAUCAGACGAGCUGCAGGAAAAAACCGGGCCUGAAAGCGAGCAGAAGGUGUCGGAUAGCUGAAAGCAGAGAGAAGAGCCGCUCCUCUUGUAUCUCGUAUCGGAACAUGGAGCUGCCCGCCGCGGGAGAGCACGUCUUUGCGGUGGAAAGCAUCGAGAAGAAGCGCAGCAGAAAGGGGAGGUUCGAGUACCUGGUCAAGUGGAGAGGAUGGUCCCCAAAAUACAACACGUGGGAACCAGAGGAAAACAUCCUGGACCCCAGACUGCUCGAUGCCUUCCAAGACAGGGAACGCCAAGAGCAGCUGAUGGGAUAUCGCAAGAGAGGACCGAAGCCCAAGCACCUUCUGGUUCAGGUUCCUUCUUUCGCCCGGAGAUCCAGUAUUCUGGCUGACCUUCAUGAGGCGUCCCUGGACGAGGACAGCUGUCAGAAGACCGGCCCCAUCCAGAUGCUCCGUCCCCAGGGCCAGCAGUACCAGCUGAACAGCAAGAAGCACCACCAGUACCAGCCGCUGUGCAGGGAGCGUGAGGCCGAGCAGCAGGCCAACGGCAAGAAGUUCUAUUACCAGCUCAACAGCAAGAAGCACCACCACUACCAGCCGGACCUCAAGGGGCACGAGCCCAUAUUCGCUAAACCCAGAGAGGUAAAAGCUCCGGAGCUGGCGAACAAGGGGUACAACCUUCCCCCGGUGCUGCAGCAGAAGUGGGUCCGGGACAAGGACUCAGGCUGCCUGACCAAAGUCAAGGACAUCACCAUGGAGCUGAAGAAACUUCCAGCAGACCUCAACGGCCUCAAAGAGCCGGAUGAGGUCAAACCUAAAGAGGAUGCCUCACCGCAGUCUAAUGGUGUCAGCAACGGCAAGCUAAAGAUCGUGAAGAACAAAAACAAGAACGGGCGGAUUGUUAUUGUCAUGAGCAAAUACAUGGAGAACGGAAUGCAGGCGGCUAAGAUUAAAAACGGUGAUUCUGAAACUGCUGGAAAGACGCCGCAAGGAAGCGACAACAGCGCGGAGAACCACCUCGAGAAGAUGAAACUCGUCAAGAAGCUCGGCCUCAUGAACGGAUUUGUGAAAAACCUGAAAGACAAAGCAACUGUUCCCAGUUCUGGAUUUAACGGACGUUGCCCCAAAGAAAAGGAGCAGUCCCCCAAAACGGAGCCGACUGUGACGGAACAGGAUAAACACGUCGAGGUCAGGGGUCGGGGGCAGCUCUCAGCAGAUCAGCCUUUACAAUUGACAACCAAGCCUAAUCUGCUCUCCCUGCCUUUGGAUAGGGGAGUUCCCUCCCCGCCGGACAAAAGAGGAAGCCAAGGUGGAUUUCAAGGACUAAAGCGCCACCUCUCCGACACAGAUAGCGAGGAGCACGGGAGCAGUAAGAGGUUUCUGAGCUCCAGGAGUAUCAGCGCUCCUAACACUGUGUCAUCGCCCACCCAAAGCAUCAGCGUCGACCAAAACGGACACCAGGGUCACAGUGGACUGCAGGACUGUGAAUAUGCGGACCAAGAAGAACCUAUUGACUUGAGCAUUGUCAAGUCCAGGCCUAAAGCUGCCCAAGCUCAGACUGUAACACCAGCUGAAGUGCACACGCAGAAUGAAACGGACACACAAAUGGACGCACAGACAGAAAUUCAGACUGAAACACAACAAACCACAGAGGAGGAGAAAGACAAUUCAUUGUCUGUUUCUAACCACGAACAGAGAAAAGAGGAGACAUUUCCUUCUUUCCAGCCUUUCCUUGGGAAUAUAGUGAUCACAGACAUUACUACAAACUGCCUCACUGUCACGUUUAAGGAAUAUAUAACGGCGUAACUGGACUGGACACCAACUGUAUAUAUGUACAUUAGAUAUAUUUGUAUUUUCAGAUGCUUGAAUGUACAAACGGACCCUUGAUGUUGUUUUCAAUUUGAAUAUUUCAGAUUAAAAAAAAGAUCCUUUUAUUGCAUUAUUUGCAUAUUUCUUCUUAUAAGCUCCCUGUUGUUAUUGCUGGAGAUUUUAUCACAUGCAGCAUCUAAUUUCAGCUAUUUCAAACUUAGUUUAAGAAGCCAAAUUAGGUCAAAUAAAUUUUGGAUUGAAGAUGCACUUAACUCUUGUAAAUACUCUUCACUUUUCUAUGGAUGUAAUUUGAUUAUACACUCAGCUGUCUGCAUCUCAGAUAAUGGUGAACAAAUGUAGGCUAUAUGGAGAAUUUUGUAAGGAAGAGAAAUUAUAUUGAAACAUGGUAAAUUACACUGUGUGUGUGUGUGUGUGUGUGUGUGCGUGCGUGCGUGCGUGAACAGAUGGACAGAUUUAUACAAGGAUGCAUGCUGCUUGGACAGAUUAUGCUAUUAGGCGUGCUUAAACAAGCAGAUGAAGAGAAAUGAAGCACCUUUCUGUCAAUAAAUAUGAUUUGCAUUGUUGAAAGGGAAAACAGGCUUUUUAAAUGAGAGAUUAUUAAUGGUUUAUGUUUGCUAUACGCUCCUUUUAUUUGCUCUCCGUUCAAAGGUAAAGUGUUUUUUGAGUCCUGCAUCUGGAGAUCUGAUACUGAGCACAAGUCACUUCCAUUAAGACAGCACAUAUACAACCCUGCCACUCUUAUUUAUUUCAUGUUUUGGAGAAGUGCAGUGACUAAAACUGGCUCUUUUUUCACUUGAAUUAUAUCAGUCACAAAUCUGUGUUAUCACUGCCGUUGAGCUGUUUAAUCCAAUAGAUUAGCACCACUAUAGAGCUGGGUGCUCUAUGAAUCAUGAUUCCGCUCCCUGCCUGUCCCGAGUAGGCUACACAGUUAUGUAUGAUGGGAUUGAAUGGACUUGUCUUUGUGUCAUAUUUUCAGUAACUUUUGCAACGUUGUGGUAAUUAAAAGUAUGUAAAAGCACACAUUCUUGUCAUGAUCAGAUCUGCUCCCACCUUCCAGCACUAUGUGAUCUGAGGUGCAUUGAAGUGCUCUGUGAGAACGAUGAUCAGAUGCACUUUUGAUGUUUUGUGUGCAGACUAAAAAAAAAAAAUUAAGGCUUCCUAUGAUACAUUUUGCAGUAAUAAAAUUGUUUGCAAGUGA